UUUACAUUAGCAAAAGUAUUUAGAACCUUUCCUCGCAUGUAUCUGUCUGGGUGUGGUAUUGUCCGUGUGUUUAUGCUUUAGGGAGCUUAGACAAAGGAAACUGCACAGCCAACGCCUUUAAUUCCUUCCUUUCCAAAGUCCACUUUAUCUAAAGCUCAUUAAAAUAAUUGUUAGUGUCAAACCCCGUAUGUUAGUACGUUUUCUGCACUUUCACAUGGUAAAUUUCUUGUUCUACAAGCUGUAAAUAAUUUCUACACUGAACGAAUUAAUUGCGGAGUACUAAAGGAAAUGUCAAGUUCCGUCCUUGUUCCGUUUUGUUAAUUUGAAGUUAGGCUAGUAUAACCACGCCCAUAUUAUCUGAAUGUCUAUUCUGUGCUGCCAAAAUAUCCAGGCAGUCUGAAUUUUAAUCCUAUGAUGAGGAGUGAGAAACUAGGAAUGUUUUCUUGGAGGAAAGCUCUGAUUAUUACAUUGUUUACCUCACUCUACAUGUCAGGAAAAAUUGAAGGUGUUAAGAUUAUGAACUGCAAGGUAACAAAGUUAACUGUGUAUGAAGAUGCACCAGAACCAAUCACAUGCAGCAGACUAACAACGAACGGGACUAACAUUUGGCGACAUCAUGACGAUCAGAAGAUAAUAGGAGAGUGCAGUGCUGAGGGGAACUGUACAAACUAUUUCAACAGGACCUGUACACUCAGCAGGGAUCCAUUUUCAACUGAAAGUCGACUCACAAUUAUCAGUAAUUUUCGAGAAUUCAGCUCAGGGCGCAUCACUUGUGAGGACAAAGAAAGUAAAACUAGCCACAACUGUCUACUAAUUAUCAAACGUCAGCCUGUUCUCAGUGACUGUCAAGUACACACGACCAGUGAAAAUGUUUCUGGAUCUUGUUUUGCCGACAAGUUUUUCUCAUCUGACGGUCUUUAUCCCUGCGACUGGAUGAUGAAAGGUCCGGAAGGGCAAAGGAAGCGGAUUACACCUGGAUACUGGCGAAACACAAAGACCUGCAACAAAGACUACUGCUGGGGGACUUGCUCUUUCUCACAUCCUCAACCUAGGGAGAAGGGAAUAUACAACUACACGAUUAUAGUCCUUGAGUCUCCUAAAGGAACAUUUUCGCAGCAGGUUAUCAUAGGGUCAAGUCCAGAAAUCACAGAAGAUUCUAGCUACGUUGGUAUGAUCAUCGGAGUUGUGGUAACCAUGACCCUAGUUAUUGCAGGACUCAUUGCAGUUCUCGUUUUCUACGCUCAUAAGAAGAAACAAAUUCAAAAUCAAGCGAUGCGACCAAAAAGACAAAACGAGGACUAUGAGCAACACAUCAAUGUUGUCUACAAUUUUAAAGAAAAAGUUGCAGUCCCACAGAAGGCACAGGAAAGGAACCAGUAUGUGGAGAGCACAGGACCAAGUCUUCAAAGUCUUGAUGAAGGCGACCGCGAAUAUUAUGAUGUGAUCUGCGAGGACGGAGGAAAAUCUGACGAUGAAGAACUUUACCAUAAAAUAAUCGAUGACACUCUUUCACACGAAACAUUACCUACACUGUCUUCAGAGCAAGAGUUAGAAGAUUUGUAAAAAACAAUUAACAAUAAAAUGAUUCUAGACAUUUCUUCCAAAGCUUUGUAAUUAUGUAAAACACCCCAACCUUCUACCCCCAACUAUUUUAAAAUACAAUAUAUCUACAGGUAACUGCAUCAUUAAAACUUGUUUGUGAUUAGACAACAAACAGAGCAAAAAAUAACAGCACAUUAGAAAUGUCAAAGUUAUAUAGUAUUUGUUAAAAAUUGCAUAAUGUAAGACAAACAAACUAAAACAUAUCAAUAAUCUCAACGAUUUGUUGGCACGAUGUAAUUCUUACACAAUGAUUAGAAAUAAUGUUUCUUGGAUAAUUUAAAGGUGAUAAAGAGAAAAGAGUUCCAUAAGUGGGACGGAAAGAAAUAAGGAAAGAUCAUAAACAUUUAAAGAAACACAAAAAGAAAGAAAGAAACAAAACAAAAGAAAAAAAAACAAAACAAAAGAAAAAUCAACGAAAAAAGAAACUUAGAACAUAGCAUCAUUAUGAUUUGAAAGGGUUAUAACAAGUAAUUCAAUCUUUUUUUUCAAUUUAGUUUUUGCCCAGGUCUCUGGAAUCAUUAUAAUAAAUAAAAAAAAAUUUAAAUACUCACACAUUAAUAAUGAAUGUUGUUCUAAAAAAAUCCAAAUAAGAAUAUUGUGUGUCAAUACUGUGAGGCCAGCAGUACAUAUGCGGUCUGUAUCAUUGUCAUUUCAUAAAAUCUUCGGUAAGAGAAUAAAGUUUUGCUUUAAAAAGUAA